CCCUACAUCGCAAUUUUUUUUUCUGUGCCUCCGUAUCACCAGUAAUUUCGACUUCAUUAAUGGGUUCUGCGGGUUUGAAUUAGUGCAGAUUCAGCUCUUAGUAAGUUUCGUACCUUGAUUCUAUCUUUUGCAAACACCGCCGCCUCGUGUAUUGCUGCACAUUUAGACCACUCUAAUGGUGGUUCAGCUGACGCCUUCUCCCAAAAUGGAUUAAUAGUCAACGGGUUUUUCGAAUGUCCUGCAGGCUGCGGCAUGUCAUACCGCGGUGUAUGAUCGUGUCUGAUACUAAAUCCGAACGGAUUGAUAAACGAGGUCUGAUUGGUCUGUGUGAUGAGCGGGACUCAAAAUACGCGCGGGCUGUGAAGGGGAGAGUGGAGAAGACUUUUUUGGGGGAAGUAUGUGAUUUUCUGGAAGAAGUCUACCUACAAGAUGACAUAUUUAUCCUUGUGAAAGUUUCAAUGAAAAGAGUAAAAAUUCUGCAACUUGAGGUUAACUGUCACACGAUAGCAGCGUCUAUUCUGGAACAACCUGUGAAAAAGAUUGGUUGCAAAUUGCAGACAGUGAAAGUGUUGUCAUCCGAGAACUGUCUGUUGGUCUAUAUUGACUUGGCCAAUAGCAAGUACAGCAUAGCACACACUGUCACCCUUGUGAAGGAAAACUUGGCAAAGGUCAUCGUUAAAGGUCUAGCGGAAGUGAAUCGGGCUGUGGUGUCAAUUGAUGACUCAGUGAACCCCCCUGUGUACAAACUGAUAGUGGAGGGGGAUGACUUCGACAAAGUCAUGUCUACUUACGGGGUGGACUUUAGACGCACCAAGAGCAACAACACUUUUGAGGUUGCGCGGACAUUGGGAAUUGAAGCAGCGAGAUCCACAAUUAUUAACGAGAUCAACCACACCAUGUCUAGUCACGGAAUGUCAGUGGACAUCCGACACGUCAUGUUGCUGGCUGACCUCAUGACUUACAGAGGUCAAAUAUGCGGAAUGACUCGUCAAGGUCUCUCCAGUUUCAAAGACAGUGUGAUGAUGUUGGCGUCUUUUGAGAGGACUUCUGACCACUUGUUCGAAGCAUCCUACCACGGACAGACUGACUGCAUCAGUGGCGUGAGCGAGUGCAUCAUCAUGGGAAUCCCGAUGCGGGUGGGCACUGGACUGUUCCAGCUGCUCCAGAAGGUCCACUGGCAGCCAAAGCAAACUAGACCUCUUUUGUUUCAAAACGCAAUCAAAGCUAAUUGAUUUGCCUCAUCUGUUAUGGAGAAUUGCAAAAAGUUGAAACAGACAGACUUAAUUUAAAAAUUUAAAACAGCAAAUGAUCAGUUUUGAAAAAAAAC